AUGACUACGUCAAUCCUUUCGAGAAGUGACGACACUUCAUUAUACACGGUCCCAACUAAGACAACAAUCACCUCAACCGCACAAUAUUCGGAAAAAGAAGACCCUAUAUUGAGAAUUCCCAUUGCGUUAAGUGAUAACUUGGCCUACAAUAUGCAAACAGCAUACCAUUUGACUCGACAAGAGACAAAUUUGUCCUUGGAGCAAUACAACUUGGAAACCCCUGAUCGAUAUCUUAUUAGACAACAGUUUACAAGGAACGAGAUUGAGUUGUUGAGAUACACUUGGAACAAGAUGUUGUUGGAGGAGAACAAGUCUUCUCGGAAUAUGCCAGGUGGGUUUAAUGCCACUCCACGACAAAAGACAACAUCACUGAUGGCAUCGUCACUAUUUUGUCGUCAAUUGUACUCGAAUUUAUUAACGCUUGCUCCAGAGUUGGAACUUCUAUGGCCAUCGUUAAAGCAUCAAGCAGUGAGUUUUGCUCAAGUUAUGCAAAUGGCAAUUGCAAAUCUAGAAGAUUUGUCAAUAUUGGAUCCAUUUUUUGAAAAGUUGGGUAAGAGCCAUGCAAGGAUAUUUGGGAUUGAGCCUCCAGCAUAUGAAAUCAUGGGUGAAGCAUUGAUACAGACUUUUAAUGAACGAUUUGGAUCUAGAUUCACCAUUGAGUUGGAGGUUUUAUGGAUAAAGUUGUUUUUGUACAUGGCUAAUUCCAUUCUACAAUUUGGAUUAGAUCCAGUGCUUCGAUUACACAGGACAGAAAGCAGGCAAUCUUCAGUGUCGACUAAUACGAAUACUCAACCAGCAGACAGCAUUUUUGCUUCUGAGGUUGAUUUGAAUUCGGUAUUGGAUAGGAAAUCGACAAAUGCGACAUCAGUGGGCGAGUUUGGACAGCCGCCCAAGAUUGAAGCCAAGGGUAAAAGUCGAUUCAGAAGUCAUCGUGGAAGUAUAACUUACUAUGGAGAUUCGGAAUCGAUAUUGGAAAAGAAUAAACUCAAACAACAGCAACAACAACAAACACCGAAGAAGCCUGGAAGGUUGAACAGACUCAAGAAGAAGGGGGACUGUGUGAUUAUGUAG